UUCAUUUUAAAUUCCAACAAAUGUUUGGUUAAAGUUAAAACCUAAUAAUAAAAUUAUCAUUAUCAUGUACAUAUAUUGAAUUUUAGUCUGAAAGAAACAAAGAAGGAAAAUUGCACUCCACAUGGAAGUAGAAUUAUGGACUUGUAUGUUUUGAGAAGUUCAUUGAAAUGUUGUCAGCACUGUAAAACAGGUAAGAAGAAAUAAUUUUUAUCUGCCCAAAGAAAAUCAAAACUGAAAAAAAAAUCAAAAUGAAUUCUCAGUUUUAUGGCAAGUACAUGUACACAACUUUGAGGCUAUAAAAUGAACAGGUUUUCAAGAAACAGUUAUGUGGUUGAUGAAACAUGUACAUCUUCAAAACAUUACAAAACUUCUCAUAAGCAAUAAAUUUUUGGGCAAGUUCUUACCCUAUACCAAGUGUCACACAAUUGUAUUUCUAUUGAUAGCAACAAAAAAUGUUUUUUGGCAAAUUUGGAACAAACAAGCAGUUGUAAAUUUUCCACAAACCACAAGUAGCAUUUACAGCUUUUAUAAAAUUUUGUUAAUUUUACAAAAAAUUUACCUUUGCUCAUUUAUUUCAAUGGAGAAAACAAACUGCCAGAACUAAGUGUCAAAUUUUCUUGAGUAUCAAUAUUGUCACUUUCAGCCAAUUUGUCAUUGUGGAACAUAACAGAAGAAAAAAAUUAUGGGCUAGCCUCAGUGUUCUCAGUUACCUGUGCAGCGUGUAGUUGAAAGAAUGUUGUCAAGACCUCCAGUGAACACAGGAGUGGUCAAAGAGGUCCUCUCAGUCAUGAUGUUAAUUCAAGAGCUGUUCUUGGGUGUCUACACACAAGAAUCGGUGAAACCCACCUAAACAAUUUACUGUGUACAUUAAAUAUUCCCUCUAUGAACCCAGUAACUUUUAAGAGUAGAGAAAAUGAAAUUGGGCAGGCAGUAGAGCAAGUAAUUAAAAAAAGUUGCAAAACUGCAAUGUCAGAAGAAAGAAAUGCUGCCAUCAAAAAAGGUGGAAAAGUAGAUGACCCAGGCUGCAUCAAUAUCCCCUGCUCAUAUGACAUGGGUUGGCAAAACCAGGAAAGGGGCAUAACUCAUCAACUGGUCAAGCUGCAGUCAAGGGUUGAACUUAUGGGAAGGUUAUGGAUUAUACUACAAGAACAACAUCCUGCAGGGUUUGCGCAAAUGCUAGAAAAACUGGAAAAGAAGCCAAGCAACACAACUGUCGACUCAAUCAUACAGCAUCAUCAAAGGCAAUGGAGCCUAUGGCAGCAGUCCAUUUGUUUACUGAAAGCCUAAAUUCUAGAGUCAAACUGUGUGUUUUUGUUGGAGAUGAAGACUCCACAACAGCUGCACAUAUAAAAGAGACUGUCCCUUCUCCAGUAGAAAAGUGGACAGACUUUGUGCAUGCCAAAAGAUCACUAACUACAAUGUUGUAUAACCUAAACCAAUGUGGGAAAUUUGUAAAUUCAUCAGCUCUCUCACAGAAAGUUGUCAACUACUUGGUCAAAUGUUUUACUUAUAGCGUGUCUCAAAAUAAGGGGAAUACAUCAGCCCUUCAAAAAUCCUUAAAAGGCAUUCUACCACACUCCUUUGGAAACCACACAAAUUGCAAUGAAUCCUGGUGUGGUGCCACGAAAGACCCUAUUAACUAUAACCACUCUGACUUACCCCAUGGCAAAGAUCUCUAUGGUGAUGACUUGAGGAAAGCUUUGGAGAGAAUUCUUGAUGAAUAUUGUACUGAUGUAGUAGUUGCAAAGUUAUCACCUGGGGCAAAUUCACAGAGAAACGAGGCCUUGAACAGUGUUAUAAGGUCAAAAAGUCCCAAAAUUAGAUACUAUGGGGCAAGUGCAAGUAAUGACUUCUGAGUAGCCUGUGGCAUCUCCCAAGUAAACCUUGGAUAUCAGUACAUUAGCCAAACACUCGAGAGCCUCAACAUUGAACCUGGUAUACACUGUAUCAGCCACAUUGAAAGGAUGGAUCACAAGGCUACCCAUGACAAACUUAGAAAAACCAGCAUUA